GGACAAAGUAGUCGAAAACUGGUGGCUCUUGUGGGGUAGUUGGUCACAGUUACUUACGGUGGUGAAGUUGGUUACGUAACGGCUGAGACGUGUUAGAUAAUUGCAAAAGUUUGUUAGAUUCUUUUGUGAUAUUAAUUAAUUGGAUUUUUAUCUCCAUUUUCGGCGAUGUUGGAUAAGUAGGUUUACAGUAGAAAUGGCAGCACUUGAGGAUUUUAUCCUGAUUCUCCACUCUCCGGACGGCGUCCAGUGGGCAAACUUCAUAGCCGGUCGUCUGGCAGCGCCCCAAUACGGCAUCACCAGCAUCUCUAAAGACAUAAUCAACCAGUCCGUGGACGCCUUCCCCGGGGCGGGGCUAGUCGACGACCUGAAGGACGCCGACAAUGACUCCAACAACAACGAAGCUGUAGGAUGCCGAGACAGCGGUCGAUGCAGCACCAACACCAUCAGCGAGACCUCCACCGCCCUGGAGUGUCUACGCUGCAGCAAAGCAAACGUCGUCUUGUUGUCUCCGGACAUGAUGGAGGGCGCGUUCCCGUUGGACGUGAAGCUCUUGAACCCCUCGUCCACGGUGGUUUUGUUCCUAGGCGUGGAUGUUGAGGAAGCCAGGAGUUACUUUGGCGAGGAGAGUGAUCACGUGUUCAGCUGUGACCUCUGCGUCAUGGACGGCUCAGAGCAGACGAUAUGCGCGGCCAUGUUUAAAAUCAUCGAGGCGUUUGAGAAGAACCCGGAUGAGGAAGAAGAGGAAGAGGACAUCUACAUGGUGCCGCCCCACCCCAUACAGGCCAAUCGCGUGGAGAAGGUGUUCCCUCAGCUCUUGUCAGAGACUGAGCGUGACCUGUAUGUCAUGCUCGCGCUGCCAGCUGAAGAGGAUGUCAAGGUCAUUCUGUUGACUGACCAGCCAGUGACCAUCCAGCUGUCCUGCGUCAGUGGUCCGCUCUACACCUUCACAGUGCCGGAUGCUUUGAGUGGCGAUAUUCCUUUCCGAGUUGAGAUCCAGGAUAACUGUAUAGGCAAGGGGGUGGCCCACCUACCCACCAAGCUUGACCACCUAGCCACCAUCCUGCACCAGCUCUCUGACCCGUACCUCACGCUGGCCUCUGCCCUGGGGGUGGAGCCUGGUGACGUGGGUAGUGUGGACACUGUGCUGGCCUUCAGACUGCAACAGCUGGAGUCUGCACGGACCUUCAAGGAGAUGUUCCCGACAGAACAGGCUAUCAGUAGUACAGAAGAACAUUCCAAGACGCUGUACCCCACCCUACUACACUUUGCAGCUGACUACAACUUGAGAACCUUCUGCUCCCAACUCCUGCACUACCCCGACAUGUUCUCCGCCGCCACAACACGCAACAAAGACGGGGAACUACCCCGUGACAUAGCAGCCAGGAAGGGCUAUAAAAGCCUAGAGCAGGACCUGCUUCAGUUUGUUGAUGAUCAGAAAGUAAUAAGUGACAGUGACAACUUGUAUGUGCAACCAGAGCCACCAACUCUGCCCCCUAAACCUUGCACGCUAGGCAUGGGUUACGUCAAUGAAAAGAGGAACAAAACAUCAUAUAUUGAUAUGAGUGCAAUGGGAGCUCGAUUAAAAACACCACUUUUAGAAAGAUUGCGUUUUAGACAGAAAUCCAAAUCACCUUUGGUUCUAAAACAUUAUUCCACUACCACCCCUCAAUCACCAAUUGCUGACGAAGUGUUUGAUAUUCCAAGUGACGACUCUGAUGACAUUUCCAACAACACUUCAGAGCCAACUGAGAGUUCAGAACCAGAACUUGAUGUUUCAAGAUCACCAGGUGGAACCUCCAGGAAAGCGCAAAAGGUUUUAGGUAUUAGUGCUGCGGAGUUGGCCAAAGAGCAGGAGUCAUUGGCCCAGUCGGACAGAACGCAAACCCUGGCUAAAAUCUACUCAGCAUCAGCACCAGGGGGACGCCAUGCUUACCCCUCUGUGGAUGAGAACAGGUGGUCGGUGUCCAGCAAUUAUGAACCUCCGAAUCAGAUUUACGGGCUGGAACCAAAACAAAAAUCAGGUUCCAAAUUAAAAAACAUGUUUAGAGGUUUCAUAAAGAAGUCCAGUAGCUUUGACAGUGAUCAUCAUCCCGCACACAAGACAGUUAAGAAAUCCCCAAGUACGAGAAGUGAUCGAAGUAGCAAAAGUAGUGAAGGAAGCAAUACUCGACCCAAAAAACUUUCAAUGCCAGACUGUCAGGAGAGAGACAGUGGAAGUUACAGCGAUGAAGAGAAACCUGACUCUAAAAAGAAAAGUAAAGCCAAAGUCUUUCAGGAGCGAGAGCGACCAAUGAGCCGUACACUGUCAAAAAGGCAACAGAUUGCACUCAAUGAGAAAGUUGAUAAUGCCCCAACUUUACCCAGAACAGUGAGAAAGAGAAGUGGGUUCAAAAGCUUCAUUGACGACCAAGUAUGAACUGUCCUCUGGUCAGACCAGUCAGCUGAUCUGGUGCUAUUUUUAUAUUUUCACUGAUCCUGCCAGCCUUACUAGCCUGUCUAUGGACAGCCUGGCUCAGGCAGACAUUUCAGACAGACAUUUAUGUCUUACAUGGUGCUUUUACAUUUGAUAAGACAUAUGUCAGAUAAGUUGGUCUUAGAUUUGGGUCAAACAAAUCUGUCAGAAUUUUCGAUAGAAAUUUCUUUCGCUAAAAAUUUCAGUUUGACUUUUUAAGAUCACAUUUUACAACAAAAAGUUUGAUCACAUAGUUACCAUUUGUAUAGAAGGCAAAGUUUUUUGUUGUUGUUGGAUACCACAAGCCUAGUUAGAUUUUACUAACUUUUAGUCAUUUUUACAUGCUGUUUGACUAAUUACUUGUACAAUAAGAACAAGUGUUAUAAUACUGUUUUUAGUCUGAUUAUGUAACAUAUGUAUAUAUACUCAGACAUUAAAUAACUCGCUGGGAUCAUAGUGGUAUACUUUUUAGUUUUUAGUAUUUAGACAUUUUUUUUUACUUCCUGAUGAGGGGAGAUAACUAUAUGUCAUAGAACUAGAAAUAAAAAAUGUUAUAUUUUUAUUUAAUUUACGAGGGGAGAUAACAAUAAUAUUGUAUGAAUCAGUAUUGCUUUAUUUACUUCUUCAAUAAGUGCAAUUAGAAAAAUGCUGUAACUUUUAGAAAUAACUGAACUACAGCUUUUACUGUAUUAGACUUCCAUAUAUGUUGUCACUUAUUCUCUAUGUAUUACAAUAUUUCAUUAUGUGAUGUCAGUCAUUGUAUUUGAUGUCAUGAUGCCAUAAUGUCAGUCAGUGUAUUUUUAUAUUGAAAUGUCAGUCAUUGUCAUUUAGUAUUAUAAUAUUUAUAAUUAUUGUAUUUUCUGCCAGAGCUGGGAGGUGAAAGGUCAGAAUGAGUUGUGUGCUCCCUAACACUAUAGUCACUAUAGCUUGGUCAUUGCAAGACUAAUCAUUUUGUCAGCUUUUUUUUUUUUUUUACACCUUACCAUUUGUACACCUAAACAUUGUUACUGAAAUAUGUGGACACCUUACCAUUUGUACACAUAAACCCUGUUACUGAAAUAUGUGUACACUUUUCCAUUUGUACGCCUGUUACUGAAUCACAUGUACACUUCAACAUGUGAAUGAAUGCAUCUGCCCUCUAAAUAAAAAUGUGAACGGAACAAUCCACCCGCUGUUUUAAAUGUUGAUAUUGUUAACCACUGUGUGUGUAUACAAUAAAACUCGCUUGCUUUUAAUUCUGAUAUUAAUACUAUUAAUUCAAAUAACUUAAUAAUUCUUUAAAAUGUGAGUUAAAAUUGUCAAGAAAAAUGAAUUUUGGAAUUGAAUGUAUGAGAAUUUAGGUAAUAUAAGAGUUGUAGUUUAAAAAUUGUAAAAAUGUACAUAUUUCCUAUUUAUAUAUAAAUAUUGUCUGUAAAUAAUGUUGUACUUCUGAUGAUGUCAGUUGAUGUAAGUGUAGUUUGAGGAAAUUGAGAUUUCUGACUUAUCAAGUCAUUUCAUUGCUGUAUAGUUACCAAUUCAAUGCAAUAUUUUUAAAAGUACUUUUAACUUUUUUUAAAUUUUUUAUAUAAUGUUGGCAAUACCAAUAAAAGUUGGAAAUUA